AUGCUUUGGCUCUCGAGACCUCCUCCCUUCUCCUUCCCCCCUCCACCACAAAUCUAAAUUUCCACACCCAACAACCACCUCCUCCUCCUCCUCCUCCUCACAAUCGUGCUUUCUCUCAUGCCCUCAUUCCUACUCCUCUUCAUUUCAAUCACUCACCUAACUUAUCCCUAUGGCUCAACCAUCAUCAACAACACGGCACUUCCUCUCAUGAUAAUAAUAAUAAUAAUAAUAAUAAUAGUAAUCUUGUCGGACUCUAUCAUCACAAUGCGUCUUCUUCCUUGGCUUUACCUGACAUUGUGCAAAUGAAUAACUUCAUCCACAAUAGUAAUAGUGCAAACCACCUUUCACUCUCUUCAUCGUCACUACCUGCUAUUGGAAAAAGACCAGAAAUAGGAGCUUCAUCAUCAUCAGAUAACUUGGCUUCUAUUUAUACUUCUGACGGUCAAAGCACCACCACCGAUAACAAUAACAAGCAAUUAUCUCCCAUGUCAGCAACCGCACUUCUUCAGAAAGCAGCUCAGAUGGGUUCCACAAGAUCAACCACCAGUCCUUCCAUUUUCAGUGCUACUUUUGGGGUAAUGACCUCCUCAUCAUCUAAUAAUUCAAACCAUGCUCAUGCUGGGGAUUUUGCUUCAACUAGUAGCUUCAGCUCAUUCACGCAUUCUUCCAACACUUAUGAUCAGCUAGUUAUGCAAAGUGCAGCACAAAAUAGUACCACUGAUCCUGCGGGGAACUUGAAGCUCCCUCAUCAUGGCGGUUCAAACUCAGCGUCCAUGGAACAUAACUUGACGAGAGAUUUUCUCGGGGUCAGCGGUGCUGGUGAAGGACCCGCUGGCCUUCAUCAGUUCCUACCACAAGAGCUUGCAAAGUUUGCUUCUUCCAUGGGGCUCACCCAAUUCACUACCAAUUAGUGAAUUGUUUUUUAUUUUGCGGCAACUAUCAUCAAUUUCAUGUUAUAUCAUGGUUAGAAAUGUUUCUUCUGAUCUUCAACAUGUAGAAUAUGUGGACAUAAGAGUAAGGUGAAUAUAAGUAUUAUACAAAGUUUUAGUCCUA